GAGAGGAUCAAUCAAGAUUUGUGUAACAGAGUAGCACGACGCCGGAAUUCGGACGAUAGGCGUUGUCGAGGAGGAGGAACAAUUUCUAGCGGAGGAAAGCUUGUCACAGGGUUUAGCAGAGCCGCAGCAGCAGCAGCAGGGUUUUUGGGUACAGAAGUAGCGAGCGAGAGAGAGAGGGGUGUUUGAAAGUCGGAGCUAUGGCAGCAACCUUCGCUAGCUCGUGCUUCACCUCUAAUUUGCUUCAAAACCCCAGCAAAUGUGUCACGAUUUCGCGGAGAAGAAUUGGGUCGGUAGGCGUUCCAACAGCCGAGUUCCAUUUGCGUGAUCUUCCAUAUGAGCUGGACGCAUUGGAGCCCCACAUGAGCAAGAAGACGCUGGAGUUUCACUGGGGGAAGCACCACGGGGGCUAUGUGGCGAAUCUCAACAAGCAGAUAGCUGGCACUGACGCAGAGCGGUUGAACUUGAGCGAGCUGGUGCUGUCGGGGUAUAACAACGGUAACCCACUGUCGUAUUUCAACAACGCCGGGCAGAUUUGGAACCACGAUUUUUUUUGGAUGUCGAUGUGCCAGGGCGGGGGCGGGGCGCCGCCAGAGGACAGUGAGCUCCUCGAUCUUAUUGUGAGGAACUUUGAGUCGUUUGAGCAGUUUUCGGAGAGGUUCAAGGAAGCUGGCAGGUCUCUGUUCGGGUCUGGGUGGGUGUGGCUGGUGUUGAAGAAGGACGCGAAGCUGGAGAUUAUGAAGACGUCGAAUGCUCUUACACCCAUUGUCUGGAAUCAUAUCCCCUUGCUGGUCGUAGACGUCUGGGAGCAUGCUUAUUAUCUUGACUAUCAGAACAAGAGACCCGAUUACUUGACGGAAUUUUUGGACAAUUUGGUAUCCUGGAAGGUAGCAGAGGAGCGUCUGCAGCGGGCGAAGGCAUUUGUGAACAUAGGGGAACCAGUCAUUCCCGAUUUGUAAUUAGGUCCACUGUUUCUGGGGUUCUACAGGCUUCGAAAGCUUUUAGUUAGACCUUGAACCCUAAUCCUUACAGUCAUCGUUGGUGUGCGUUAAUUUGCUUCUUGAAGCGUGGGCACAAUAUACGAUUUUGAUAUUCUUUGAGUAAUGAGAAUUUAGUUGCGAUUUCAAGCUUAAAAUCAAUUUCCUGGGAUUCAGUACCGCAUUGCGAAUGCCUUCAGGUGCGUGAUGCUGUUGCCCAACAGCCCGAUAGACCUUUGUUUGCACCUUAAAUAGUCAGAGGAGUUCGUCGUGUCAGUUGAAGUUUAUACAACGCAGGAGUACACCAAGUAGGAUGCAGUUAUACAAAUGUUGAGGCAUGAAAUCUCUCAAACACGAACCAGAUAAUACCUUCUUUUUCUUUUUUUUUUCUCGUUCUAUCACAAGAAUGAGUCGUUACUACUCCGGCACUUGUUUCAAUCAAAAGUUUUGUAGCAAUUUUGGAACACUAA